AUGGGGCUAUUGGUCAAGGUUGGCCUCCGUCGGCGUAUGAAAUGGGAGCCGCGAACAGCCCUCGACUGGUUUCUGGAGUCCCCCUUACAAGGCAUCAUAUAUCUCCUCUAUCCCGUCAUCUUAUGGCUAAGAGGGAAUCCCGUGAGGCCGCCAAAGAAUAAGGCACCGAUCAAAGUCGUCUUCCUCUCCGACACGCACGACUCCGUCGUCCAGAAAGUUCCAGAUGGCGACCUGCUCAUCCAUUGUGGUGACAUGACCAACGACGGCACGGCCGCCUCUAUACAGAAGCAGAUAGACUGGCUUGCCUCACUCCCUCACCAGCAUAAGGUACUUGUGUGCGGCAACCACGAUAGCUGGUUUGACUUGAACUCACGCACCGAGGAGGACACAUUGGGACACCGCACAGUCGACUUGAAGACGCUCCAUUAUCUUGAGCGCAGCUCUAUUACUCUUUCAUUCAAGGACAACCGAAAACUCAAUAUCUACGGGGCUCCUGACUUGCCUCAAUGUGGAGGCUCAGAAAUGGCAUUUCAAUAUACUAUUGAUCAACACCCAUGGAAGGGCACAAUACCCUUUGACACUGAUAUACUAGUAACUCAUACACCUCCUAUGCUUCAUCGAGACCUCUCUCUCGGCUGUCCCGGCUUGCUAGCAGAGAUCUGGAGAAAGAAGCCCAAGGUCCACGUCUUCGGGCAUGUCCAUUGCGGUCGUGGGCUCGAGGCCGUCUACUGGGAUGACUGUCAGAAGGCAUAUGAAGACUUGAUGCUCCGUAGAAAACGAGGACCUCUUUACGACAUGAUCCCCAAUCCUGGAUGGAUAGGUGCGUUUAGGGUUUUAUAUCACGCCGCUAAAGGAAUUCUUUGGCAGUGGUUCUGGCUAGGCGGUAUGAGCAAUGGCAGCAUCCUGAUCAAUGCUGCCAUGCAAGCUGGGACUUCGGGAAAAUUGACGGAUCGGCCUCCUUUCACAAUCGAGAUAUGA